AUGGCAUCUCGAUUCAGCGGCAUAAAUACUCAAGACGAUGAAAACUUUUCUUAUCUUGAAUAUACUGGUGGUGAUACCCAAGCUUCACAAUAUGACUACAACGACAUAGACUCGACAUUAAGCUCUCAACAGACAAACCCCUACCACGAUGGCUCACAGUCUCAGUUCGUAGAACCUGAUCUAUCUGGUGUCGGCAUCGACGAGCUGGACUCAUUCCGGGAUCUGGCCAUUCUUGAAAAGGAAUUACCUGGACACGCCUGUAGAUACUGUGGGAUUCACGCCGUGAAUUCUGUAUCCAGAUGUGUUACCUGCAACAAAUGGUUCUGUAACUCGCGUGGAAAUACUUCUGGCUCACACAUUAUAAACCACCUUGUUCGAGCGAAGCACAAGGAAGUGGCUUUGCAUCCGGAAUCGCCCCUCGGGGAAACUACCCUUGAGUGUUAUAAUUGUGGUUGUAGAAACGUAUUUUUGCUUGGCUUCAUUCCGGCAAAGAGCGACGCCGUAGUCGUUUUACUCUGCAGGCAGCCUUGCGCGGCUAUGCCAAGUAGCAAAGAUAUGAAUUGGGAUACGUCUCAGUGGUUACCUUUGAUCGACGAUAGAUGUUUUCUUUCGUGGCUUGUUAAGGUUCCAAGUGAACAAGAACAGCUACGCGCUCGCCAAAUUACUGCGCACCAGAUAAAUAAAUUGGAAGAAUUGUGGAAAGACAAUAGUGAAGCCACACUUGAAGAUCUGGAAAAACCGGGUAUUGAUGACGAACCUCAACCUGUGUUAUUGAGAUAUGAAGAUGCCUAUCAAUAUCAAAACAUAUUUGGGCCCCUAGUGAAAAUGGAGGCCGACUAUGAUAAAAAAUUAAAAGAAUCUCAAACUCAAGAUGAUAUUGUAGUUCGCUGGGAUAUUGGUCUGAAUCAAAAGCGCAUUGCAUGGUUCUAUUUGCCCAAGCUUGAAUCGGGAGAGGUUCGACUGGCCGUUGGAGAUGAAUUGCGACUGCGUUAUCGCGGUGAAAUGCAAAAGCCUUGGGAAUGCGUUGGCCAUGUUAUAAAAAUACCCAACAAUGUCAGCGACGAGGUGGGAUUGGAAUUGCGCCGCAAUGACAACACGCCUGUAGACUGUACUGUCAAUUUCUCCGUGGAUUUUGUAUGGAAGUCGACCAGUUUUGAUAGGAUGCAACUUGCAAUGAAAACCUUUGCUGUCGACGAGACAUCUGUUAGUGGAUAUAUUUAUCAUAAACUACUCGGACACGAAGUUGAGCCUCAAGUAACUAGAACACAAAUGCCAAAGAGAUUUUCAGCGCCGCAUUUGCCAGAACUGAAUCAUUCCCAGGUCUAUGCAGUCAAAAGCGUUUUACAAAAACCUCUGAGUCUGAUUCAGGGUCCACCAGGCACAGGAAAGACAGUUACUUCAGCAACAAUUGUGUAUCAUCUGGCCAAAACAAACUCUGGACAGGUACUCGUUUGUGCUCCGUCUAACGUUGCUGUCGACCAAUUGACAGAAAAGAUACACGCGACUGGCCUGAAAGUUGUUCGGCUUACUGCAAAAUCACGUGAGGCACUGGAAUCACCGGUCUCCUUUCUCACAUUACAUGAGCAAGUACAAAAUAAUGAUACCAACGUUGAGUUGCAAAAGUUAAUUCAGUUGAAAAAUGAACAGGGCGAAUUGAGUAGUGCUGAUGAGAAAAAAUACAAAACGCUCAAACGGGCUUGUGAGCGUGAAAUAUUACAGAGCGCUGACGUGAUUCUUUGCACAUGUGUGGGUGCGGGUGAUCCGCGCUUGUCCAAAUUCAAGUUUAAAACAGUUCUAAUUGAUGAAGCAACGCAGGCAACAGAGCCAGAAUGCAUGAUUCCUCUUGUUUUGGGGUGCAAGCAAGCUGUGCUUGUGGGUGAUCAUCAACAACUCGGACCAGUUAUUAUGAAUAAGAAAGCUGCUAGGGCUGGACUUUGUCAAUCACUUUUUGAGCGUCUAGUAAUUUUGGGUAUUCGUCCAAUACGGUUACAAGUACAGUAUCGUAUGCAUCCAUGUCUAUCCGAAUUUCCCAGCAACAUGUUUUAUGAAGGAACUCUACAGAAUGGCGUGACCAGACAAGAACGUCUCAAGAAAAACGUAGACUUUCCUUGGCCCGCACCAGAAACCCCAAUGUUUUUCCAUUCCAAUCUGGGCCAAGAAGAAAUAUCAAGCAGCGGAACAUCUUAUUUGAACCGUACUGAGGCAUCAAAUUGUGAAAAAGUAGUUACCAAAUUCUUAAAAUCCGGAGUUUUACCCACACAAAUUGGAAUAAUUACGCCAUAUGAAGGACAACGCAGCUAUAUUGUUAGUUAUAUGCAAUUCAAUGGGUCACUGCGUAAAGAACUCUAUAAGGAGAUUGAAGUCGCCAGUGUUGAUGCGUUCCAAGGACGUGAAAAAGAUUACAUUAUUCUCAGCUGUGUGCGUAGUAAUGAGCAUCAAGGAAUUGGUUUUCUGAACGACCCACGCCGGUUGAACGUUGCGUUAACAAGAGCACGAUACGGUGUUGUAAUAUUAGGUAACCCGAAGGUGCUGAGUAAGCAUCCACUUUGGCAUCAUCUACUAAUGCACUACAAAGAAAAAGAUUGUCUGGUAGAGGGUCCAUUGAACAAUCUAAAGGUUAGCAUGAUCCAGUUUAGUCGUCCACGAAGGGCUUAUCGCAAGGAUGACAAGUUCCGUCAAGGACUGGCUCAUCAGGUCGAUGCACGUGAAGCUUUAGCGAAGCCGCCAUUGGCUAGUGAUAAUCGUCGUGGAGUUCGCACUUACGAUCCUGAUUUCAUGAGGACGCACGACCCUGGACCGCUUACUCAAAAUGCUUACAGUAGUCAAGGUUCAAUGAGCCUUGGACUGUCUCAAUCUGAUAGGCUUCGCAUGAUGGCAAGCUCAGCAAAUUCGGCUUCUAUCAUGUCGCAAGAUAGUUCUAUUGCAUAUCUUGAAGAUUAUAAGAGUCAAGGUGAUGAUACAAUACUAAGCCAGGACUAUGAAAUUCGAUCCCAAACUGGUUAUCCUAGCCAAAACUUUACCCAAUAUUAG